AGAAAGCCGGCGGCUAGGGGGCGGUUACCACCCCUGCCGGAGUCGCCCGGCACGUUGCGGGGCCCCUCGGUGGAGCCUGGAAGGAGCGGCGACCUAGCAGGGCAAAGGUCUUUCCAUAGACAAUAGAAGCAAAGCUCUUACCAUCAGAACUGCCUUUGCACUGAGCCCUUGGAAAAAUCUUGCCUGAUCCAGUCUGCUGGGCUUGGGAAAAGGAAGUAGAAUCCAGCAUUGUACAUGUGAAGUGAGUGACCAAGAACAAUCACUUUGAGGCAUCAACUUUUGACCUUUUCUCUGGAAGAUCUCAAAGUGCUGAAGAUGAAAGCCACGGCCUCAAGCAUACUAGAAUGCUGCAAGAUGAAACGUCGUAGUGCCCCCAGCAGCAGCGAGAGUUCAGAUGAAUGUCCUUCCACUUCCUUUACUUCUAAUCCAAUGUAUAGGAAGAAGUCAAAAUUCCCGAAAGAACAUAAGAAAUCUGCUGAGGUAUUCCGAAAGGACCUCAUCAGUGCCAUGAAAAUUCCAGAUUCUCACCACAUUAAUCUUGACAACUAUUACCUCUUUUCUGACACAUGGAAAGAAGAAUGGGAAAAGGGAGUCCAGGUACCAGCCAGUCCAGACUCUGUUCCAACACCGUCUCUCAGAUCAAGAAAUAGAACAUUACCAACACCCCAGAAGCCUUCCUUCUGCUCUCUGCCAGUAACUGACCUCCCUCACCGUAGGAUUAUAUCUGAGAACGUAAAGGAGGUUCUCUUUGUCCGGCCCCGGAAAUACAUCUGCUGUUCCAGCCCAGAGACUGCAGAGCCUGGCUGUGUCAAUACACUGGAACUAGAUGCAUCUGCAUGCCACUAUGAUCUAGAUGAUAUGGACAUAUUUUGGCUUCAGGAGCUCAAUGAAGACCUUAGAGAAAUGGGUCAUGGGCCAGUUGAUGAAACUCUUAUGGAAAAGAUUAUAGAAGUCCUGGAACGUCACUGCCACAAAAAUAUGAACCAUGCUAUUGAGACAGAGGAAGGGCUAGGCAUAGAGUAUGAUGAAAGUGUGGUCUGUGAUGUGUGUCGAUCUCCAGAUGGUGAAGAAGGGAAUGAUAUGGUGUUCUGCGAUAAGUGUAACGUCUGUGUGCAUCAGGCUUGCUAUGGCAUUCUCAAAAUUCCAGAAGGCAGCUGGUUGUGUCGUUCCUGUGUUGUGGGCAUUCAUCCACAAUGUCUGCUAUGUCCAAAGAAAGGUGGAGCCAUGAAGACCACCAGAACAGGAAGUAAAUGGGCUCAUGUCAGCUGUGCCCUGUGGAUUCCAGAGGUCAGCAUUGCUUGUCCUGAGCGAAUGGAACCCAUCACAAAAAUUUCCCAUAUCCCACCCAGCCGGUGGGCCCUAGUUUGUAACCUGUGCAAGUUGAAGAUGGGUGCUUGUAUUCAGUGCUCCGUGAAAAGCUGCAUAACUGCCUUCCAUGUCACCUGUGCCUUUGAGUAUGGCCUAGAAAUGAAGACGAUCCUAGAUGAGGGGGAUGAAGUAAAAUUUAAAUCAUACUGCCUCAAGCAUAGCCAAAGCAAGCAGAAACUUGGGGAAGCAAAAAGUGAAAAAAUCAGCCUCCGAGCACAGAAGCUUCAGGAGCUAGAGGAAGAUUUCUAUACCUUUGUCCAAGUGGAAGAUGUGGCCACAGAGCUGGAGCUACCCACAUUACUUGUGGACUUUAUCUAUAACUACUGGAAACUAAAACGCAAAAGCAACUUCAAUAAGCCAUUAAUUCCUCCAGAGCAAGAUGAAGAAAAUGGCUUGGUACAGCCAAAAGAAAACAUUCACACUCGCAUGAGAAUGUUUAUGCACCUGCGGCAGGACCUAGAGAGGGUCCGAAAUCUGUGCUACAUGAUAAGUAGGCGAGAGAAGCUGAAACUGUCACACACCAAAAUUCAGGAACAGAUCUUCAAUUUACAAGUCCAGGCUCUCGACCAAGAAAGUGAGGAAGGACUUUCGUUGGCAAAUGCGCUAGAGGACUCAUUGUUUUAUUCACAACCACGAAUUACCUUAAAGUUGAAAAGGUCUAGAUCCACCACAGAAGACUGCAGAGACAGCUCCACAGAGACUGAUCACCAGCCCACCUCUCCUGGCAGCGGCUCCCCUACUCACAAUAAAAGGAGCCCACAGGGGCCUCAGGAGCCACUAGACAUGAAUGUGAAAGCAUAUCCAAGACAUUCAUUGGAGAGCAAGAAUAACUAUUUGCUGGCCAGUCGUGGCUAUUCUCAGAAUGAAACCAAGGGUUCCAGUCCUGCUUGGAGAGGUUCAUCUACAGAUUAUUCUCAUGGACAAUCACUGGGGAAGCCUCUGGCCCUUCAGGCUGGUCUUCAUGGACAGAUUUCCAUUGGUAAUGGGAAGAGUUGGCCUAACUCCAAGCUUGCUGCCUCCAAUGGCCUAGAGGGCAACUGUUCUGAGAAUGUCACCCAGAAAGAUAACUCAAGUGAUAUGUUCUGUGACCAGAAUUCCAUGCUCAGCUCCCACUUUCCCAGUCAGGGUAUCACUAGAAAAUCCAGCAUGGAACAAGUCUUUAGUAGGUCAUUUAAGGAGGCCACCAAUACAUGGGUGAGGCCCACUGAGGACCUUCCGUGCUAUAUAAAGUCAACAAAGAAUAUGAGCCCUAAGGAACAGUUUUGGGGUAGGCAGCAUCUCAGGAGGUCAACAGGGAGAGCUUCAUAUCAGGAAGCUGAUGGAUAUUGCCCAGAUUUGGAGCCAAGUGAUUCAGACGCAGAAGGGGAUGGUACUGAAGAAAUACCCAGAGUGAAGAGAGAGCGCUCAGACAGGGAACAUCCUCAGUAUGAUUCUACACAGGAGUGUCAUGGUAAAAGCAAGACACAUCCUCAUUCCCAGGACUCAAUGCAAAGGUGAUCACCUAACAAUAACUUUCCCUUUGCUUCAUAUAUUGGGGGAAAAUGUAAACAACAAAAGUAUUCGAGCAUAUAAUAGGAGGAAAUGCAGGAGAAAGGAUGGAAUUUUUCCACAUAAAUUGAUUUUCAGUUUUGAAAAGAUUUCAUGUCUGGAUUUUAUAAACAUAUUACCAGACUUAAAAAUUGUCAGGAGGUUGGUUUGUCAGAGACUGUUGGGAAUAGCUGGGCCCAAAGUAUUUGCUCAAUAAAUAAAUACUUCAGGACAACUUUCCAGUUACAUUAAUAGAUUGAUGAAUCUACAUAUGGAUUUGCAAGAGAGCAUGAGAGACACUAAAAGUGCUUUUCUUUGGAAGCUACACAUGACUUCCAGAACUUAUGUUUAUAGAAAGUUUCUAACUUCACUGGUGUCUUCAAGGGACAGACCAGGAGAACAAAAUUUUCAGAUACUGUCACUGUUGUCUUGCUUUGCUUCAUGCAAAGUUGAGUUUCUUUCACAGUAUCGUAACAUACCAUGUUAAUUCUCCUAAUGCUUACAAGUAUCCAGUGCCUGUUCCUAAACCUGCUUGUUGGGGACGCACUCAUAACUUUUUUACCCAACUAACAAGCUAACUUGUGGAUAGUGUUUACAAAAGUACUAUUUCUAAGGAAAAUGCUCUGAUUCUCUGUUUAGGCAUUUGUGAAGAAUCUUAGAGCUUUUCCCAAGGUGUGACCAUUUCUGGGAUAUUUGUACCAGGUCAGGGUUGUUUUGUUUUGUUUCGUUUUGUUUCGUUUCGUUUCGUUUGGUGUGUGUGUAUGUGUGUGUGUGUGUGUUGUUUUCAAAUCAGUUUGACUAAAAUAAGUUUGGCUGACAGUUUUUGUAUACCUGCUUUAAUGUUUAUAAAAUUUUUAUUGAGGUAUAAUUAAAAUAUAGUGAGAUGCACAGAGGUUAAGUAUUAUCUGCUUUAAUUUUGAAACAGAUUUUUAUUGUCAGAAUUUGAAAGCAUGUGGUUAACACAUGAAUAUAAUUUAGCUUUAUAUCAAUUUUGAAUCCUAGGCAACUUCCCAAACAAAAAGGUUGGAGCAUUUUUCAGAAGUUGCUUAUACCCUAUUACCAAAUAACCAGCCUUGAUUAAUUUCUGGAGGAAGAGAAUAAUUACACUUUGGGGCACAGGAUAAAACAGAUCUGCUUCACGUUUAAAAAUAGGGGAAAGUAGCAGUUUAUAAAAAUGUGAAGCAGACUGUAAUUCUCAGCUCUCUUUUCUUCUUAGCCUUAAACUAAUAUUCUCUUUCUUCUAGUUUGGGAACGUGUAGUGAAACUUUUCAGACAAAAGAGGCCAUUUGCAAUUAUGAAAGUUUUAUGCUGGUGAAUCAGUCCAGUUCCAGUAGGUGCCACUGAGUGGAGGCAGCACCUUCUAGCCAUUACCAUGGAUCUGGAAAUCUCAGCAGUUUGCCUCUCCCCACUUUUGUUCUUGUAGCCUUAUUAAAUAAAGGGCUCUUUUGGUUUUCAU